GACUGCUAUUCGCUACCAUACGUCGACAAGUUCGCUGUUCAUGGAAAAAAUAUAAUUUUCCUAUUCAAUUUGAACAAAAAGGGGCCGCAGAUAUUAACCACACCAAGGCUUAGCCCCAAAGAAUGAUGCUUUUCAUGCUGCUGUUCAGUCGGCAGGGCAAGCUACGGCUGCAGAAGUGGUACAUGGCCUAUCCGGAUAAGGUGAAAAAGAAGAUCACCCGGGAGCUGGUGACCACGAUACUGGCCCGCAAGCCCAAGAUGUGCUCGUUCCUGGAGUGGAAGGACUGCAAAAUCGUAUACAAGAGAUAUGCCAGCUUGUACUUCUGUUGUGCCAUCGAGCAGAACGACAAUGAGCUGCUGACCCUAGAAAUCAUCCAUCGCUAUGUGGAGCUGCUGGAUAAGUACUUUGGCAGCGUUUGCGAGCUGGACAUCAUAUUCAAUUUCGAGAAGGCGUAUUUCAUCCUGGAUGAGCUGCUAAUUGGCGGCGAGAUCCAGGAGACAUCAAAGAAGAAUGUACUUAAAGCGAUUGCCUCACAGGAUCUGCUACAAGAGGACUUCAACGAGUAUCUGAACUAGAAGAAAAUCCCAUACCAUACCCAAAAAAAAAACAUGUGUAAAUCUCUGUGUAAAAUAUACUAUGAUGUAGAGCACCUGCCCCAGGGGGGCCUCCACCCCGACAAAAGGGUUGGGUAGUGGAGAGUCUAGGUCAGAUCAGUCGAGCUGUAUAUAUUAUACAUAUAUGUAUGCAACAUAUGCAAAGCUUCUUUCCCCUCUUUGCGCUGUGAUGUUUCGUGUUCUCUUGCAUCGCCCAUUCACCAUUCGCUCACUCACAAAUGUGCCGUGAAAAUCGGAAAAACAAAACAUAAUACUACUUACCAAUCACAGAACACAUCUGAAUACAGCCACUGAAACUACAUACACGCAUACAUACACAUGUACUAUUGCUACUACUAUUUCUUCCAUCUACUCUUCUCGUUCUUAUUGUUCUCUCUAUUCUGUGUACUCCAGGACGAAGCCGUUGAGGGCACUUUAAGAGAUAUUGGACUACUCUAAAAAACAAGACAAAUUCCGUAGAAUCCAUGUAGUUGAUAUUUACACACACAAACACACAACCCACACACGAACAGCAAUCCUCUGCGCACAGACACAUGCACACAGCACUCUUGUGACACUUGCCAACACUUAAAAGCUCAAUGUGUAUGCGUAUGUGCGUGUGUGUGUGUGAGUUGGGGCUGUUGUACAGCACUGAAACCAUGAAGCUGAUGAAGAGGAAGCAAGGGAGGCUGCUCCAAAGCAAUAAAACCCACAGAGAAAAGCAAAAUAAA